AUGGUUGCCAUAUUAAUUUCAAUCCAUCGAUUAUUAUUAUUUCUUGUCCUUAUUCAAUCAACUUCUCUCUAUAAAAUCUAUACUUUAGACAAUAACCCUACUGCAGAUAUAUUCAGUGAUUCAUUGUCAUCUUCUUAUGAUAAAGAAUUUGAUCAAGCAUUACCUAUAAAAAAUAUGGAAUCUGAUUAUAAUGAUAUAGGUUUUGAUGCAAAUAUUGACGAAAACAAUGAUAGUUUAACACCAUGGUUAUCACUUCUAUCAGACAUAAAACAACAUCAAAAACCUUCAUCGAAACGUUCAAUUUUUCCAUUUCGAUUUCGUUCAUCCAAUAAUUUAUUACAACGUCGCAAUAAUCGACCACAUUGGAAUCCACUUGUAGCUGCAUAUAAACGAUGUGGUGAAUUAUCAACACAUGAAGAACGUGAAUCAUGUUUCAAGGAUGCUGUUCAAAAGCUUUUUGUUUUUAAGUUACGAAAAUAA